AUGCCGUCUUCGAUCUACUCGGCCACCACAGCCGUAGGAAACGACUACACAGACUCCCAAGAAGACCUCAUCUUAUACCGCGCCGAAACCGAAGCCUCCACAGCCGCAGCCACAGCAAGAAACAUCUCGCUGCGAAACCUCGACAUCGAAGCCGGCGACAGCAAAGGCGCCCCUGCUCCUCCCCACGCAGACGCCUACCCCGAUGGCGGACUGGAAGCCUGGCUCGCGGUCCUGGGGGGGUGGUGUGCCAUGUUUUGCACCUUUGGGCUGAUCAACUGCGUGGGCGUGUUUGAGCAGUAUUACGUCUCGGGGCCGUUGAGGCAGUAUGACGAGUCUGCCGUGAGCUGGAUUCUGUCGGUGCUGGUCUUUCUGAUGAUCUUUUGCGGGUCGAUUUUUGGCCUUUUAUACGACAACUACGGGCCGCGCUGGAUCCUCAUCGGAGGCUCCAUCACGUACAUCUUGGGCCUCGCAAUGAUCUCCCUCUCCACGGAAUACUACCACUUCUUCCUCGCCCAGUCCAUCCUCUCGUCCGUCGGCUCCAGCGCCGUCUUCAACGCCUGCAUGUCCUCCAUCGUCGGCUGGUUCCUCAAGAAGCGCGCCGCCGCCUACGGCAUCAUGGUCUCGGGCUCCUCCGUCGGCGGCGUCGUCCUGCCCAUCAUGAUGAACAAGCUGAUACUCCGACUUGGGUUCCCCUGGAUGAUGCGUACCGUGGCGCUCAUGUUCACGGUGCUCCUGGCCGUGUCGUGUCUCACGGUCAAGUCGAGGCUGCCGCCACGUCCGCGCAGGUUCGUGCUCGGGGAGUACGUGGACAAUCUCAAGGACGUCCGGUUGGUUGCCAUUGCCGUCGCCGCCUUCUUCUUCAUGAUGGGCAUGUUUCUGCCGUUCAACUACGUGAUCCUCCAGGCCCAGAGGGCAGGCUUCUCGCCGGCUCUGGUGCCGUACCUGCUGCCGAUCCUCAACGCCGUGGGCGUCCUGGGACGCAUCUUGCCGGGCGUUGCGGCGGACAGGAUUGGCCGGUUCAACGUCAUGAUCAUCAUCACGUUUGUCUCAUCCGUGUUCUGCCUUGCCGUCUGGGUUCCUGUCAAGAACAUGGCGGGCAUCAUCGUCUUCGUCGCCAUAUUCGGCUUCGCAUCCGGAGGCGUCAUGGCCCUCGGGCCGACACUGGUGGCCCAGAUCUCGGACAUUAGCCAGAUGGGCACGCGAGUUGGCACGGUGUUUGCGGUGCAGUCGUUUGGGGCGCUGGUCGGGAGCCCGAUUGGCGGCGCCAUUGUGUCUGCUCAGCAUGGCGAGUAUGUGGGUUUGCAGGUGUUUUGUGGCUGUGCCAUGAUGAUGGGAUGCUUGAUGUUUUUGCUGGCGAGGUACACGCAGGUUGGGUUCCAAUGGGUCAAGGUUUGA